CCGGAGCGCUGGAACAAGAUCAAGCUGGUGGUGACGCGCGAGGAGGUGGAGGUGGCCUACAGGGAGGCCAUGUUCAGCAUGGCCACGCUCAGCGGCCUGCUGCUGUGCCUGCCCCGCGAGCAGGCGGCACGCUUCUGCUCCGAGCUGCGCUCGCGCUCCGGGGGCCGCCCGGCCUGGAUCGUCGGCAUCGUGGAGCGAGGGCCCCGCGGCGCCAGGGUCAUCGAGAAACCGCGGCUCAUCGAGGUGCCCCCCCCGGAGCCCCCCAAUUAGUUCGUUCCUUCAUUAGGGGGCUCUCAUUAGCCCUGCAGAUCAUCAAGAAACCGUGGCUCAUCGAGGUGCCCCCCCCCGGAGCCCCCCAAUUAAUGCAUUCAUUCAUUAAUUAGUGGGCUCUCAUUAGCUCCCCAGAUCAUUGAGAAACUGCGGCUCAUCGAGGUGCCCCCCCCCCGGAGCACCCCAAUUAGUUUAUUAAUUAGCAGGCUCUCAUUAGCUCCCCCCCAGGUCAUCAAGAAACCAUGGCUCAUCAAGGUGCCCCCCCCCGGAGCCUCCUGAUUAAUUAGCGGGCUCUCAUUAACCAUCCCCCCCCCCACACACACACUGGGCUAAUCAAGGUGCCUCCAGAUCAUUGAGCAACAACGAACUGAUGGAGCUGCCCCCCCCAGAGCCGCCCAACGAGCGGGGUCUCAUUAACCCCCCCCCCUAAUUAGCGGGGCCUCGUUAAUUCCCCCGGCGCCGCCCGCAGAGUGACGCCCCCCCCCGAAACCCCCCGAGGAGUGGGGGGGGGCCGAGGAGCCCCCGCGGGCGGCGCCAGCCGGGAAACGGGGCCUGCGUUUUGGGGUAAGAAAUGGCCAUUUUGGGAGCCCGCGUUUUGGGGCAAGAAAUGGCCGUUUUGGGACAAGAAACGGCGAUUUUGGGAGCCCGCGUUUUGGGGGCAAUAAAUGGUGAUUUGGGGGCAAGAAACGGCGAUUUUGGGGGCCUGUGUUUUGGGGCAAUAAAUGGCGAUUUUGGGA